AUGGGAUCACGGCUAUACUAGCUUUACACCAAACGUAAUGCCACCGUUUGGGAUCGGAAGCGCAAACGCUUUGUAAGCGCUGACGUGGCUCGUGGCCUUGCCAACAUGAAGAAAGUCCGCACGGAGAGCGGCGUCUGGAUACCUGCCUCCUACAAGACGGACAAGUAUGAGCAUUGGCUAAAGCAGAAUAAGAUACAUUUGGCACUCACCUCGAAUGCUUCUAAGGUUGACAGCGAUUGUACCGCUUACACCUCUAGGGGACCUGAUUUGCCUAAGCCAAAACCUGCUGAUGAUGUGGUUGCCUUCUCUACUCGCUUCGGUGGUGUCCUUGAAUUCCAGGAGACCAAUACGUCAAAAAAUUCUGCUAAAUGGGGCAGAAAUGUUCGAACCACUGAGAAGCCUUCUCCCUCCGCCAAAACUAGAGGCAUAAAUGUGUUUGGCUAUAAAUCGAAACGUGAGUUUAGAAUUUAA